AUGGAAACUCCAGCAGUACAGUCUAGGAUCAAAGGAUCCAUCUUUGGUGUGGCUGUUGUUGACGCCCUUGGUGGGCCAGUAGAGUUCCAACCGCGGGGCAGCUUCAUUCCAGUAACCCACUUCAUACACAAUGAUACCUUCGAUGUUCCACCAGGUACAUGGACUGAUGACACGUCCAUGACCCUAUGUCUUGCUCGCUCCCUCAUUGCCUCAAAAGGGAAUUUUAUCCCCCAGGCAGCAAUCCGCAACUAUGUCAAGUGGCACGAGAAUGGCUACUUAUCAGCUACCGAUGAAUGCUUUGAUAUUGGGUCCAGAACCAGACAAGCAUUGAUGAUAUGGAGACGCUACUUUGACAGAUCGCCUCAUAUCCGCGAAAAUGACCCGAAUGCAUUGUCCAACGCUGCGCUUUCCUCAAAUGCCACUCAUCCUUACCCCACGUGCGCCGAGUGCUGCCAGAUCUACACCAGACUCAUUGUGCGCGCUCUGAAUGGCGCUAGCAAGGAAGACCUUGCAGAAGAGUUCGCUAGGAUAAAUUUCACAGAUGUUAAGGUGAAGCAGCGGCUUGAUCGUUAUUCAAGUCUCACCGAUUGGGAGAACACGGAUGAAGAACAUAUCAAAUCAUCCGGAUACGUUCUUUCCACGCUCGAAGCUGCUCUGUGGGCUUUCUUUACCACAAGCACAUUCAAAAGCGGAGCUGUCAAGGUCGUCAACCUGGGUGAUGAUGCCGAUACUGUGGGGGCGGUAUACGGAGGGCUGGCAGGAUCAUAUUAUGGACUUGAAGAGAUACCAGCUGAUUGGAUUGCGAGCCUACAGAAGAAAAACGUUGUUGAAGAAAUUGCAUCUGGUCUCUGUUCUCUUCCGGAGUGA